UUCCGCAUGGGGGUCGUCUCCAACUUCGAUAACCGCCUGGAAACCAUCCUCAAACAGUGCAACCUGCGGCACCACUUCGAAUUCGUCCUCACCUCCGAGGAGGCGGGUUUCGCCAAGCCGGACAGGAGGAUCUUCGAGAAAGCCCUACACCGUGCCGGGGUCUCACCAGAGCAGGCGGCUCACAUCGGGGACGACUACACGCGGGAUUACAGGGCAGCGCAAGCCGUGGGCAUGCACAGCUUUCUGCUGCGGGCUGCUGGGCACGGCGAGGAGCCGGAGGUGCCCCCCGAGCAUGUCCUGCCCACGCUCAGCCACCUCCUGGCUCUUAUUGAGAAGGGAUAG